UUCUGUCAUUCAGUAGUCCUAGGUCUUCGUGUUGGUUUCUUUAUUUUGAAAAAAAAUCUUCCAACUUCAUGCGCUUUCUAAAGCACACCCUGUGUCGCCGGCAGCGAGGAAAUUAAAUGGGAUCUCUCAUACUUCAAGACUGCGAAUAGAAGAAUGCGGGGAAUCUAAGCCACAGAUAAAUGAUCUACCCUACCAAAAUAAACCCUACCACUCACUGGAUCAUGGAUGCAGUGGAUGCAUUUCGGCACUUUCCAAAACGAAAGUCCUGCCCACCCUGAAAGGAUUUCUUUUACAAGGAAGUUGGCAAAGAUGGGGUUUAUGCACCACUCCAGCCAGAACUGAAAGCGAAUGGGGAUUGAAUUGUUUUACCUCCUUUUCCUAUUUCUUCAAAGAAAUGAGAAUGUACAAGGAAACUGUGAUCCAGGGAGUGCAGGGAACUGUGAAGACUGUUUGCUUUCCGGGCCACAUUGCGGCUGGUGUUUUCAAGAGAAUUUUACUGACCUGUCUAACAUUUAUAAAAGAUGUGACACUCCUGACAAGCUUAUUGCAAAAGGAUGCCCAUCAAAUUUGAUUGAAUUCCCUGUUUCUAAAGUAGUAAUUGAAAAAAAUAAGUUCCUGAGUGAAGGUCCUCAAAAAAACAACUCAGACGUUACACAGAUUUCUCCUCAAAAGCUGACUGUUUUUCUGAGACCAGGAAAUGAAGAAACAAUACAGAUCAAUGUACGUCAGACUGAAGAUUAUCCGGUCGACCUCUACUAUCUCAUGGAUCUUUCGGCUUCCAUGAGCGAUGACCUGAAUAACAUAAAGGUACUGGGUUCUACCCUAUCAAAAGAAAUGUCUAAACUAACAAGCAACUUCCAGCUGGGUUUUGGGUCAUUCGUAGAAAAACCAGUUUCACCAUUCAUCAAUACUCUAGCAGAAGACAUACAGAAUCCUUGCCGAAGUGUCUCACAUGACUGCUCUCCAACAUUUGGAUACAAGCAUGUUCUGCCACUGACCAAUGAUGCUGAGAGGUUCAAUGAUAUUGUGAAAAAACAGAAAAUCAGUGCAAAUAUAGACACUCCAGAGGGAGGAUUUGAUGCAAUUAUGCAGGCAGCUGUGUGUAAGGAAAAAAUUGGGUGGAGGAAUGAUUCAUUACAUCUGUUGGUGUUUGUGACUGAUGCAGAUUCCCAUUUUGGAAUGGAUAGUAAACUAGCAGGAAUUGUUAUUCCGAAUGAUGGAGAAUGCCACUUGGAUGACAAUAAUGAAUAUUCCAUGUCAACUGUUUUGGAAUAUCCUAGUUUGGGACAAUUAAUAGACAAGAUAAUACAAAACAAUGUUUUAUUAAUUUUUGCAGUAACCAAGGAACAGGUUCAUUUAUAUCAGAACUAUGCUGAUCUUAUUCCUGGAGCAACAGUUGGACAACUACAAAAAGAUUCUAGCAAUGUUCUCCAGUUGAUUAUUGAUGCAUACAAGGCACUUCGGUCUGAAAUUGAACUAGAAGUUUUAGGAGACACAGAGGGACUAAACAUGUCUUUCACUGCUAUCUGUAACAACAACACUGCCAUUGCAAAUGGGAAGAAAUGCUCUCAUAUUAAAGUAGGAGAAGUGGUUACUUUUAACUUGACAUUAAGCCUAUCUGCUUGUGAGAAAAGUAGAAGGAAAGUCCUAAUAAAGCCUGUGGGUCUCAGUGAAGCUUUGGAAAUUGAUAUUCAGCCAGAGUGCAGCUGUACUUGUCAGAAAGAAGCUGAGGCGAACAGCUCAAAGUGCAAUGAUGGAAACGGUUCGUUCGAGUGUGGAGUGUGCACUUGCAAUCCCGGCUACCUGGGCCCUUAUUGUAAAUGUGAUGAAAAAGAAUCGCUGAGUCGAGAUUCCUGCAGAAGUUCUCCUGAGCAGAAGUAUUGCAGUGGAAGAGGCGACUGCUACUGCGGGCAGUGCGUUUGCCACUUGUCGGCAUAUGGCAAUAUUUAUGGGACAGACUGUGAAUGUGACGAUUUUUCUUGUGUGAGACUUAGAGGACUGCUGUGUGGAGGUAAUGGAGACUGUGACUGCAACAAGUGUAUCUGCCACAGUGGUUGGAUGGGGGAGUACUGUAACUGCACCACAGCCAUUGACAGUUGCAUUUCUGAAGAUGGGACAAUCUGCAGUGAAAGAGGCAAAUGCAUUUGUGGUCAAUGUGUGUGUACGCAUCCUGGGGUUUCAGGAAGCUUAUGUGAGAAAUAUGCUGCCUAUAGUGAUCCUUGUAUUUCCAAAAGGAACUGUGUGGAAUGUUAUUUAACGUCUGAUGAUCGGUCACAGGAAGACUGCGCAGAAAUAUGUAAACUGGUUGAUGCCACUGUCAGUACUGAAGAAGAGACUGUGGAGGAUAAAUAUGUUCCUUGUUUAUUGCGGGGUGAAAAUGAGUGUGUUAUUACAUUUCUAAUGACAACUGAUGAACACGGGAAAACAACUAUCCACAGCAUAAAACAGAAAGACUGUCCCCAACACCCCAAUACUACAGUGAUUAUACUGGGUGUCUCAAUUGCAGUUGUUGUCACCGGUGUUGUUCUGCUUUGCAUAUGGAAAUUGUUUAUUUCAUUUCAUGACCGCAAAGAGGUUGCUAAAUUUGAAGCAGAGAGAUUAAAGGCCAAAUGGCAAACGGGAACCAACCCACUUUACAGAGGAUCAACGACAACAUUUAAAAAUGUAACAUACAAACAAAAAGAAAGGCAACCAGGAUCUGCUGCAGAUAUUUAUUAAAUGUUCACAUCUUUCAGUUACUUGAGGAAAAUUAUAAAGCAAAAUGUCUUACGUUUGUUAUACGUUUUUGUCUGGAUUGAGGUUUGUUUACAUAGUAUAACAUUACAGUGGUUUUGAGAUGAAACAACACAUACUUUACAUGGCUGAGGUACCCUUGAAAUUAUGGGCUAGUUUGAUAUUUAGUAGCCAUGCAAUGUUUGAAGAUGUAAAAUAAAUACCAGUGAA